AUGGCAGUGGACGCGGAAGAGCUUCUCAUCCGGCCCUUCAGGGAUGUGGUAGCCCUCGGCGCGGUAGCGGUCACCAACGCCGAGACCCAUGCGUCCCAUGAGCAUGCCGGCCGCAUGUCCAAGGCCGCACAGGCCGUGGUCCGCGAGGGCGAGCGCGCCUUGACCAAAGUACAACUGGUCUGGAAUGACCAGGUGGCCAGAUACGGCAACAGCUUUAGGGAGACGAUCGUGGAGCAAGCAUCCCUUCACAAAGUACGGAUGCAGCUCGAGGAGCUGUUGUGGGAUUUCGAGGACUUCACCCACCCAGACGAGUUCGACCAGGCGAGAUACUCGGCCUUGCAGGCGGCGACCAAAGCGAUGGCCCUCCGCCUCAUUGACACGGCGAAGCGAGUGACGUUCGAGCCCAACGUCCCUGCUCUGCCGCCUGGUGGAUUCCCUCCGCUGCCCCCGCCCCCAGGCCGAUCCAAGUCCCGAAUCCGUGCCGCUUCUCAGCCCCCAUCCACCCACGCGAGCUGCCCACGGGGCUCAUCAAAGUCGUUGGUCACGGCACAGGAUGACGACAAACACAAGCGCCAAGUCCCGCCAAGAAGUACGCCACCAACUGGCGACCUGAGAUCGCUCAUCUCGGAGUUUCCAGCUCCUGCCCCAAGCGUGAAAUUACGCCCCAAGGGUAGCGUGGAAGACAACCUCCACAGGGUAACUGCAAUACGACCGUCCCGAAGCCAAACAUCAGUCGGGUCGAGCGCCAGCAUUUCUUCGUUGCCGCUAGGGAGCCCGGUCUCCCUAAACACUCCCGAGGACGUCUCCGAGCCUAGUCAUCCCACUGCCGCAAAGAUCGAGGCCGCACCACCGAUCUCGACCUCACAGCGGGCACAAGACGCGGCCACGCCCAGCCUCCCUGGAUUUGACGACUUCCUGAGACAGUCGAUCUUCCUCGACGAGCACCGCCAGUCGCAACCGGACAGUCCAAGGAUACCGGACCUCGCGAUACGAAGAGACAGCACGUACCACAAGCUGGGUGGCUUUUGUCGGGGCGCCAAGAAGUUCAGGAAGGAUGGUAAUUGGGACCGCAUCAGACUCUCCGCGGACACCGACCAUGGCGGUGGCGCAGACUCCGUCGGCGGGGACGCGACGCGGGUAUCCGACGCGUUGAUGAUACCGUUUCAAUACGGGAGGGCGAAGGUUGGGGCAUGCGUUGAGUGCGGAUAUUCCCAUGACCAAGACGACGUGCUGUUGGAUAAGGGCGGCAAGCCCGAAGCAAUCCGCACCUCCGAAUCCGGGGCCCGCUACCGUCUGCGCCUCCUAUUCAAGUCUCACCUCCGGCAGGGCGGCAGCUCAGAGACUCGCUACGCCUGCUUGUGGUGCAUCCGGGCGCGCCGAACCGUCCGGGAAGCCGAUGCCACCGUCUUCCGGUCGGCCGAGGACCUCCUACGGCACCUAGCGCGGCAUCCCCAGCCGCUUCCGCCCAUCCCGGGUGUCUCGGUAUGCUACGGGGAGAUGGCGGCUUCGGACCCACCAGAGUUCGACCUUCACCUGCCUGAGUCGCCAACGCCCGUGCUCAUGCCCGAAAAUGUAUCCCGGCUGGCCACGGCGGUCGCGGUCAAGGACCACUAUCGCCGGCCGGGUCGCGCCAGGCUGGAGAAGCCGCCCAUGUAUGAGGCGGACAUGCUCGAAUUCAUGGAGGGCGCGCGGAUCACCGGCAUCAUCUUCCCCGAAAAAUGGCUUGGCAAGUACUGUCUCGGCCGGCACGACGGCGAGUUCGGCGCAUUUCCGGCCAAGGCUAUCGAGCUUCGGCCGCCCCAGGAGAGCGAGAUCCCAGUGGGCGGGGAGAACGGAAUCAGCGUCACGGCCCGGUGGAAGUGGCAGCCGCCCUCCACCACGGGCGACGCACCGUGGCUUUCUUUCGCCAAGGGCGAGGUUAUCACGGACGUGCAGUGCCUCUACGCGGAUUAUUGGUGCUGGUCUGGGAGGAACGCCAAAGGCCAGACGGGAGUCUUUCCACAGUCACAUAUCGACCUGCAGACGCUCCGAGACACGGCCCAAGAUCACGAUUUGGCCGUGCACAAGAAGGGCUGGGGAAGGGGACUAUUUGGAUCUCGCUCGAACAACAACAGCGCGGAAGUUCACGGGGUCCAUGCAAGCCAUAGACGCUCAAUCGCAGCAUAA